AUGCUUGACUUUCUGGACUACAUCCAGUUUGCCUUCUCUGAUGCCUCGAAAUGGAACCGCGACAAUUCUUACUCACAGCUGACGAUGACGGCGAAUGCCCUCCUCGAUUUCUCUACGCCGGAACGGCUGAAAGUUAAUCUAUCAUCCCUCUCAACUCCCCACUUUGCAACGACAUAUACCCUCGGUACCGUUGGCUUGAUCGAUGGCUCCAUAUCCUAUCUAUUCACAACAGUUCCACUUCGUGAUACCCCCAGUCGGGGUACUUUGAUUCCUCUCCGUAAACUUGUUCCAGGGUAUCGGCAAAUCAGCGCUCCUUCUCUUCCCCCCGGGCUCCCCACAGUAGACGGUCGAGAUGGGGAUCUUGCAAUCGGCGACACCCAAGGGAUCCUAAAGAAAAAACCCACGUUAUUACAUGCGACAUUACAUCUACCGCCUCCAACUACGCUCACAGGGUUAUUUCUCCGUCGUUUAUCUCCUACCACCCAACUCUCUCUUGCAUUUUGUUCGAGCCGCGCAUCCACGCCAAAGUCCGCGCCUCAAGCGGCGUUGGUAACACAGAUACUCCACGACACCGGAAAAUACAGCUCGGAAUUUCUGUUUAGUACGGACAAUGCAUUAUUUGGGUUCAAGGGACUCUGGAAUUUCGGACCCGAUCCCAGGAAGCAAAAUCAACAGGGAGAUCCCGCACGGGAAUCAUGCCGGCCCCUACUCUCUCUCCUUUCAGCGGGUGCAGAGGCGUAUUACUCUCCUGUUUCGUCUGUCGUAGGUCUAUCCACCGGCCUGCGAUUCACAACUUUACCUGCCGCAACCGAAAGUCCCCAUUUCACCUUUCCUUACACCCUGACAUUGACAUUAACACCCCUAACCGGUUCCAUGUCAACCACAUAUUCACUCCUCGCCUCUCCAAACGUCUCCUUCAGUUCCCGUUUCGGCUUCAACGUUUACAGCUGGGAGAGUGAGAUGGUAGCCGGCUGCGAAUUAUGGCGACGCAGCAGCAACAAUAGACUCCACGACGACAAGUCACAGAGAGAUUCCCCUCUGUUUGCCGUUGAUGAUUUGACCUGGGCGAGACGCAAAAUGGGCUUGCCCGACACUGCACCCUCCCGGAAUCGCGAGUGUGAUGAUCUCCCCCCUCCUCGGCGGGACAACUACCAUCACCAACGGAGCCCCCAUGCAUCCGAUUCGGUAAUUAAGGUCCGGGUUGACCAGUCUUGGAAUAUCCGCGCGCUCUGGGAGGGCCGGGUUAAAGAACUGCUUGUGAGUGCUGGUGUUGCGCUGGGGCCAACGCCGCGCUCGUCGCUGUCAUAUGCGUCCUCAUCUGCUGCGGGCGGCGUCGGCGCUGCUGGCGGAUUAAGCUCAUAUGGAUGGAAGAGUGUCGGCGUGUCAGUAUUAUACUCGUCUUAA